AUGCCCGUCACAUUCCUCGUAAAUGACCAUCCAGCUCUCAGCGUCCAGUUUCCUCCAAAGGAGUCUCCUCAUGCAUUUGCAGCUAGCAUCGUCCAGAAGAUGUAUCCAAGAUUGACGCCGCGGCUCGCGGAGAACCACACCCAUCUCCUCUCCUCCAGUCUCAGGCAGGGACCAGCGCUCGCACAGCUAGUCCCAGUCAAGCAUGGAUUCGUCGAUGCAUGCAUUGCAGCCUACAACGAGCACCAGCACCUCGUUGUCCGCCCAGAUGAUGUAUGGAUGGCCAUCAUCUCUCAGUUCUCUUUCUUUGCCAAUAAUCACCCCGACCGAGACGAAUUCAAGGAAAAGCUCAUACCCCUUGACAAGCGAAAGAAGCUCAAGUUCUCCACCGACAGCAACAACUGGACCACCAAUUAUGGGUGGCUCACGCAGGUAUUCCUAAAACAAAUGAAUGAUAAUGUACCCGACAAGGAGCUCGCCAGUUGGAUUCUCCCAAAAUUCAGCACGACCACCAAGGUGGACGCCCUCUGCACGUCGAUUAUGAUGAUGGGCACCCUAAAGGCAAACUACUCGUACCAGUCAAUGGCAUUGUGUGGUAUACCGACUGUCACGCUCGAAGGCGUUCGAGCCGACUAUGAAGAACUUCUUCGACGAGUAGAUAAACUGCAGGAGUUUGGAGAAGAGACCUACUUUUGGGGAGAAAUGCUCAAACCCAUCCUCACGAGAUUCAUCACAGCUUUCGACGGCGAUCCAGACCUGCUGUUCUGGAACCACAUUUGCCAUCGAACGAAUGAGAUGUGCGGUGAUGAAUACUUUACUGGGUGGAUCACCGCAUUCUGUCCUUUUGACCAACAAGGUCGAUGA